AUGGCCGAGUGCAUGGAGGUGUCUUCACUCCCUGGUGGUCCGGAUGGCAGUGCGCCAAUCAAGGCUGGUGCAGAGGACAUGACCUCCAAGGACUAUUACUUUGACUCCUACGCACACUUCGGAAUUCACGAGGAAAUGUUGAAGGAUGAAGUUCGCACUUUGACCUAUAGAAACUCCAUGUACCACAACAAGCAUCUCUUCAAGGACAAGAUCGUCCUAGACGUGGGAAGUGGAACUGGAAUCCUUUGUAUGUUUGCAGCCAAAGCAGGUGCCAAGAAAGUUAUUGGGAUUGAGUGUUCCAACAUCUCCGAAUAUGCUGAAAAGAUCAUUAAAGCCAAUAAUCUAGACCAUGUUAUCACCAUCAUCAAGGGCAAGGUAGAGGAGGUGGAACUUCCCAUGGAGAAGGUGGACAUAAUCAUCAGUGAAUGGAUGGGCUACUGCCUGUUUUACGAAUCGAUGCUGAACACGGUUAUCUACGCAAGGGACAAAUGGCUGCAACCAGAUGGCCUCAUUUUCCCAGAUCGAGCUGCUCUCUAUGUCACAGCCAUUGAAGACCGGCAAUACAAGGACUACAAGAUACACUGGUGGGAGAACGUCUAUGGUUUUGAUAUGUCCUGUAUAAAGGAUGUGGCCAUCAAAGAGCCACUGGUGGAUGUGGUGGAUCCCAAACAGCUGGUGACCAAUGCCUGCCUCAUCAAGGAGGUGGACAUUUACACAGUGAAAGUUGACGAUCUGUCAUUCACAUCCCCUUUCUGCCUCCAAGUUAUUCGCAACGACUAUAUCCACGCAUUGGUAGCAUACUUCAACAUUGAGUUCACCCGAUGCCACAAGAGAACAGGAUUCUCCACAGCACCCGAUGCUCCUUACACACACUGGAAGCAAACUGUUUUCUACAUGGAGGACUACUUGACAGUCAAGCGAGGCGAGGAGAUCUUUGGAACAGUCAGCAUGAAACCCAACACCAAGAACACUCGGGACCUCGAUUUCACCGUUGACAUUGAAUUCAAGGGGCAACUGUGUGAGAUGUCUGGCUCCAUUGACUACAAGAUGCGCUAGGAUCAGCUUUCACCCCCUCCUCCCACUGUGCGCACCGUCCUCACCCCUCCAUUCAGUCACCAGCGUGACCUCUGUAGUGUGCUAUAUAUAGUUAACUUUGUUUUCAGAAUUUAAAAAAAGUUCAUUGGUUGUGCGACUGACUGCUCCUCUCCUUGAUCAGUUGAAGUCCAUUAGCAUGGCAUAUGAGCUGGGAGGAGGGAGGAAGGCAUCUAGAAUAAUUCUACUUAUAACAGUUGCCACAUGUGCUAUUAUGGAACCAUUCUUAAGCUGCUGUAUUGAUUUGUUUUGUUCGGACAAAAGCAGAGAUAUUCUAAUGUAAAUCCCUGUUUAUCUAUAUCUAUCUUGGCAGGGAAGAUUUAAGAUCUGAGCAAAUUUGUUUUGUGUAUUUUUUUUAAAGAAUGGUACUUUACAUUUAUGCUCGUUCCCUAAUUUGGCAGAUCAUCCUACAGUCAGCAAUGUAAUUCUCACCUGACUUUAAGUGCAUCUUCUGCGUUUUUAAAUUUUUUUUGGGGACCUUGUUCUUGACUGGAGAAUUCUUUUGUUGUAAGUGGGAUGCAUUUCUGUGGUGAAGAUACUUAAAACCUGCUGUUACAGUAUAACCCUUCAGGAAAAAAACGGGUUCAAGAGUAAGCAUAUAGAUUGCAGACUGUACACCAAAUGAAUACGUUUGGGUUGAUGGACUGGAGAUUAUUUUUAAAUCUUGUUCAUGAUGUGGGAAGUUCAAGGUGAAGUGACCAUCUGUCUUGUUCCCAUUUUAUAACUUGUCCAAAACCUAUGGCUACAGGUUUCUUGAUCCCAUUGACAAAUCCCAGCACCAAGAGUGUGUCUCUGUCAUGCUUCCUUGUUCAGGAUGAAACCCCACCUGGUGGUGGUCAGUCUGCUGGACACAGAUGGUCUGGGUUACUGAAUUGGGACUCCAGUUAAACAUUUUUGGGUUUUUUUUUCUUUUUGGUAAACAUUGAACGCCCUGAAAAGAGGGUCACUCUUUGGGAUUAUCGUGUCUGACGUUUGAACCUGGAUGCUCACUGCUGAGUCCUUAAUCUCAGCAUGAUCGAUUUUCUGUGUCCUGCUGUUUAUCUUUUUUGUCCUAAAAGUUAAAUCAUUUUUCUACUGUGAUUUAUAUAUCCAUCCAUUAAAUUGACACGGUUUUGGAGUUUCAGUCCUUCCCACCUUGAGUUGCAAACAACUCUACUAUGUUAAUUUUUGUUCCUUCAGCAGUUGCCAUAGCUUUAGUGGGAAGUACUCAGUGGCUUGAGUUUGCUGCUUCAUCUCUAUGUAACUGCUGCUCAUUUAUCCUCUGCACGAGGCUCUAUGUAAAUGCUUCCAUUGUGCAUGUAGAGUCUUCAGGUCUGAACACCUGUGUCAAAGGUUUGUGACGGCCUGGUUGUCUUGCACACUGCAAGAAUCCAUGUUACUGUGAAACUUGGCAGAGCCAAGUCCUUAAGUUCUGUAACCUUGCCGAUCCUGUUGAACAACUACCUUGCUCAAGACACUCUGUAAUUGUGAAUGUGCUGUGCGGUAAGAAAUUUGAGGAGGUUGUUCUGAAACUUGUGGAAUUUUGCUCUGAGAGGCUGCAUGUAAACAUCACUGACUAGUGAUACCCAUUGUGCCUGGUUUGCCAUUGCCACUAUCUGAAUUUGUUUCUUUAAAACUUAAGCAGAAGUGUUUGUGUUCUCCUGACUGAAGAAGAAAAGUAGCUGAGGGUGGUAACCUUCUCUCACUUUCUCCCCCAGCCAAUCUCAACAGCACCUUCUGUUUGGCAGGUAAUGGUUUUGCACCAGAUGGGAAUUUGAAUAGACAUUAGCACGGCUGCAGGCUGGUGUGAUGAGAAUCAUUGCUUCAAAAACACUAUCUUAAACGGUUGUUGUUUGAGCAAACUCUGACCUUUUCAGUGGGGCAACAUUCAGGUUCAAAAAGGAGUACUAAUUUGUACGUCUUUUACUGCAUGUGACCAUCUUAUGGCUGAAAACACUAAUCUUUUUAUUUCAGUCCUUUGAUCGGCUUGCGCUGUUGUGAUGCUAGAUUAUCCAUUGCCUGUCCAUGCACCUAAAGCGCACACCCAGACAUAUGUUACCUUCCUCAGGGUGUAGGGAGUGUUUGACAGGGUAACAAACAUUGCUGAUGCCCAAUUUGUUUUGCUGUCCAGUCUUUCUCUCUCUGUGUACCCCCAUCUAACCUCAGCAAGUUGUGUAGCUAAUUGACAUGGAAGCUCCUCAUUGAGUUCCACACCAAUGUUGCUCAGUGUUCAGUCAGUUGGUGCUUAGAACAAGUACCCACUGAAAGACUGCCAAUUACAAAAUGCCACCUAAUAUGUUGGGGAUAGAUAUUGGUGGCAGCAUGGUGUAUAUCUGCAUUGUGAAAGUGUUCAUGAAGUUGUGUACAGCUGUGGGAGGGAUAGUAGUUAUUUGGACCUGACCGGCUACAUUCUUCAUUGUCUGUCCAGCCUGUUUGGUUAGAGUUGCUUAUCAAGUCAAAAAACUAAAGACAAGACUCUCCUUGGAAUCUGAGUGCUGCCUUGCCAUACCAGCUUUUUUUGACAUGUGGAGAUGGUGUUUCAGUUGAGAACAAUAGAAUAUUCAAGGGCUGUGGCUAAGCUUUGAUUUGACUGAACAGCAUUUCUGCUCUGACAGAAUUGUUUUAACUUUUCUUGUGCGUGUGCUUUUUCCUCGAGUUUUAACAUGUCCACAUCUCACCCUAACUGAAUCCUGAAUCGGGGAUGUGUUGGCCUGCAGCUGCUGACAUUUGCUGACUGGCAUUUUUUCUCUUACUGAGCCAAGACCGAGGCCUGGUUGGUUGCUGUAAUCGCUGUCCCACCUGCAGUUCCUUCUGAGAUGAGGAUCAUCCCCUCUCCUGAAUGCUGUUCAGCAGCAGAGCCAUUGCACCAGUGAUGUCCAUGAGCAUGUUGUUCACAGACUGCAUGUGCAAUGUUUUGCUGAUGUGCUUUAGAGGAGAAAGCUUGAUUUUUUUUUGUGCCCCCUUAUUUUUAAAGGGACAGUUAUAUUUCAGAAGCUUUGUUACAGCCCUGACUUAUACCUAAAAUUGAUCUUUUUAAGAAGAGUAUUAGUGUACAUUGAAACUGCCAUGUUGGUCUUCUAAACCCCUAGUACUGACUGGCGAACAUUUGUGACUGUGUAGUAAAUUAUGCUUUGUUUUUUUAUAUAUGGUGACAUUCAU